GUCACAAGAGAGUACCAUUUAGAACGAUUCCUACAGAAGUGUCCGGUAUUCACUACCACUCUUCAGUAUCACUAUGAACCCAUAGAAACGGACCAGGUGCUGAAAAUGGACCCAGUAUCCAUUCCCAUCCUACAACCUCCAGCGUUGCCAAAGGAAAGAACAAAUCUACUCAAAACUUCUGUUCGUCGUCAAGAAAGACAGACAAAAAUGAUAUCUAGUAUGGUGAUCGACCAGAAGGAGGCCUUAUACUUGGACAGAGAAGCCAGGAGAUGGGCAACUCAAGUAGCCAGGGAAGCUAAGAAGAUUUCUGAGAAUGAGCUGGUGUUACAAGGACUACAAACUCACAUGGCUCAACUAAAGGGUUCAGACACCUCAUCCGAUAGUGGCUUCGGUCAAGAGAAAGACACUGAGCAGAAGUAUGAGACACUCAGGGAAACCUUACGCCGGGCAGAGACUACUAAACUUAAGGCAGAGUCCAAACUCAAUAUGCUCAGGAAUUCUGGCAUUAACGUUGAUCAGUGGUUGGACAGCGCAUACGAGGCAAUAGCCAAGGAGGCUGCAGAGAUGGAAGCUCAACUCAAACUACAGCAAGCAACAAAAGCAAAUGAAGAGGUGGUUGUGAACCAUCGUGCAAUGAAUAGCUUUGAUUCAUUUGAUGAUACAUUUGAUACAACAGUAAAUGAGGAAGUGGCCCCAUCACCUCAAUUAUCAGUCGUCCCAUCACGUUCUGUUAGGGCAGCCUCUCUCUAUGAUUAUCAAGCACAACGGGAUGAUGAGUUAACCAUACAGGAACAUGAAUAUCUGGAGAUUAUUGAAGAGUCAGAAGGAGACGGCUGGGUUAAGGCCAAGAAUGAUGUCGGUCAGACGGGUUACAUCCCCGAAGCCUAUGUUCAGGUAGAGCGUCAACACGUCUCUAGACAGCUCUCGGUCUCAUCGGACAGCAGUCACACCUCACCACGACUCACCAAGUCUGGAUUGCCCUACUCCUCCUCUGCCUCACUGACGGACUACGAGGUCCAGGCAGCAAUGUCUGCUGAAGCUAUGAAUCAUUCUGGGCAAAUAGUGGUUUGCUUUGCAAGGGCUCUUUAUGACUACCAGGGAAGCAGUGAAGAGGAGCUGUCUUUCUCCGAAGGCUGCAUCAUCAAGGUCUUGACGAGAGACGACGAAGGAGACGGAUUCUGGGAGGGGGAACUCAAUGGGCGCCAGGGUGCCUUCCCAUCCCUCCUAGUAGAAGAGCUCGGAUGCCCAUCGGUAAAUGAGAUUGUCACCCCCGAGGCAAAAUUGAAACACAGAAAGAGCCAGCCGCCACAGGUGUUUAUAUUUCCUGAGGAGAUUGAAGACUCAGGAGAUGAACCCUCCUCGCUACCCCCAGCCUUACCCCCUCCACCCCUACCGGACUCCCUACCUGUCUGGUCGUUGUAUAGUGAGGUAGAGAGAAGACGGCCUGCUUCUGCAAACAUACCCGAUUCUCCUACAACGAACCAGUUUUAUACAAGAUCUGCUCCACAAAGUCCAACCGCAAUGGGGCUUAAACCUGCGAGGGCUGCCCCUGCCCCUCCGGGCAAGCUGAAGAAGAGACUCUUUGAGCAGCAAGAGCAUCCAACACCAGAGACAAGAUACAGUGAUGAAGGGCCCGUCACCAUGGUAUGAGAAGCAGCUCAAGAAACAAAGAUGGCGCCGUUUAACACAGUGUACUUAAACACAGUUCAAGACUAUAGCAGUUUCUGGUACAGCUACCUUUAACUACAACUAGAUGAUAACUUCAACCAUUGGCACUUCUGAUGACUUGUAAUCCUAAACCAGAGACAAGAUACAGUGAUGAAGAACCUCUAACCAUGGUAUGAGAAACAGCUCAAGAAACAAAGAUGGCGUUGUUAAACACAGUGUACUUAAACAUCUGCAGCUUCAAGACGGUCCACUAUAGACCUUUAUCAUGCUGUGGCCAUCUUGAAGUUCUCCCAUAAAUUCAAUGUAACCAAACCGAGGCUGUGAGAACAAAAUAGUCUGGUUCCUAAUUGCAAAACUAUUAUUAGCAUUCAUUAUUGUUAUUUGAUACGUGGAACAUGACCAAGAUGGAGACAGUAUGAUACAGGUCUAUCGCAUGUUCUGAUGCAGCUACUUUUGACUACAACUAGAUGAUAACUUUAACCAUUGCCACUACUGAUGACUUCUAAUUGAUGUCCAGUUCACACAACGCCAGGAGAUCUGAAGAAUCAAGUCUCAAUAAAAACAGGUUGGAUUCAAGGUGGAUUGUCUUCUGGGCAAUGAGGAGACCAGCUUGUCAUUUAGUGUUGGUUUCAUCAAACAGGAAAGGUUUGUCUCUGUGUCAUGUCAGACAUUAAUAAUGGGUGCAUUCGAUUAGGUUCCCCGAGUUAACCCCGAUCUGCCCCCAGUACGUUCAAAUAGCUUUGACGUCAUUCCAGCGGCUCAUCUGGGUCAGCCCCAAGUGCCCUGCCUGUAGAGUGGGUUA